AUGGCUGGCAUGGAGCAAUUAGAGAUUCAUAGCAAGUCGUAUAUUGUUCGAUGGGUCAAGGUUGAGGAGAAACAUACCAUCUCAUGGAGCGUUCAACCGCACAAAAAGUCAAUAAACUUUGGAAUUGUCAAGCAUCCAGGACCAGGGGGAUCAUCAUCAAGUAAUGCCUCUACCCCGCGACAAGCUAAUUUCGACGAUGCUGUCCAUUCCAUGCAAUCGCUGGAUCACACUUCGCAGAGACGACUAUCCGCUACGACCGAUUCAAGAAAUGAUUCCUCCACAGCGCAAGAACAACUAAAGGCAAAAGGCUUCAUAUUAGUUGAAUGGUGUGGAAAAUGCGAGGCAGACAAGGUAUCCAUGGGUACAUUUGCAGUGCCGGUUGGUCAUGGUGGAAUGUACGGAUUGGUAUUUGACAAUACGUUCUCGAAACAAAUAUCUAAGACUGCCACCUUCGUUCUUCUUACGUAUCCUUCUAAUGCCCCUCCACACUCGACACAUCUACAAAAGCUGCAGGGUCUGGAUGGUACGCAUGCACAAGUUGGAAGGAAACCAAGUCCGAAUCCCUCCGCAGCAGCUUCAGAAUCCGUGGAAAGUCUACAGAGUACCGCAAUGGGUCGCGGUGCCAGUAGAAGCUCGAUGAUGAGUAGAAAUGAUAGUGAGAAUGCCUUUUCGAGCUACCAUGUGGGCGUGUUACAGAAGAGGAGAAGGAAGAAGGGGCAAGGAUACGCUCGCAGAUUUUUCUCUUUGGAUUUUGCGACAUGCACAUUGUCCUAUUACUAUAGUCGCAAUUCAUCGGCGCUACGGGGAGCAAUUCCAUUGAGUUUAGCUGCCAUUGCGGCAGACGAGAGAAGGAGGGAAAUCAACAUCGAUUCUGGUGCGGAAAUCUGGCAUUUGAAAGCAAAUAAUGCAAAGGAUUUUGAGGAUUGGACGAAAGCUUUGGAGAAAGCUAGCAAUAGUGCCAGGGGUGCUGUUGGAGCUGUCGAUACCGAGGCGAUGCCCACACCAGAUGUAGGAUUGAAAAUUAGGACCAGCUAUCUACAUGCCCCAUCGAACAAGGAAGAGGAGAAUGAAUGGGCCCAGAUUGAAGGUCUCGUCAGUAGGAUUGUAGGUACUAGGGAUGCUGUUCGUAGAUUGUCAAAGGAUACCGCCACCCCAAAUAGGAGACACUCAAGUCUUCUUGGGGCUCCUUCCGGAAGUCCUUUAGUUGAGGAGGCAGGUGAUUACUUUACUCCACAAACCAACCAACCCCAGCAAACAAGUGAAAAGAAGUCUUUCUGGAAACGAAAGUCGACCACACCCACAGCCACACCUGGCACACCGCCAACUGUGCAACGCAGUAUGACCGCACAACUUGCAGUUCCGGCUACUAGUGGUGAGGUGGAGGCAAGUGGAACAACUCCUCAAAAGUCAAAGACCUCAUAUGAGGAACAAAAUAUCCAUGACCAUUGCACGUCUUUGCUCAAUGAUCUAGAUUCAGUACUUUCGGAUUUUCAAACUUUGAUAGCUAGCAGCAAACGUCGUCGUGUAGCAAACACUGUCCCUUUGUCUGCUAGAUCUACACACAGCAUUGAUUCAACUUCUACAGCGGAAUUCUAUGAUGCAGAGGCUGGAGAUCCAGAUCGUUCACAGGUUAUGAUUAUAAAUCGUAAGAGUGCAGAGGAAGAAACCAUAGCGUCAGAAGCUGAGGAGGAAAAAGAUGAUUGUGGUGCUUCUACUUCUUCUAGUGGAGGAAGUGAAGAGGUCGAACAUGUCAAUGGUGCAGCAGCACUAUUCCCAAGCAAGCCAAAGACUUUAGACCCUCUACCAAUCAAGGUAGCUCCAAAGCGACGAAAGGGCAUUCCACCUGCAACAGUUCUGCCUCCAAGUUUGAUAGGAUUCCUACGAAAGAACGUCGGUAAAGAUCUGAGUACUAUUAGUAUGCCAGUCUCAGCCAACGAACCACUAUCUUUACUACAACGCGUGGCAGAACAACUCGAGUAUUGCAAUAUUUUAAAUGCAGCUGCCGAUCAAAAAGAUUCUACAAAAAGAUUGUUACAUGUAGCAGCAUUCGCCGUGUCACAAUUUAGUAAUAGCCGAGCCAAAGAGCGUGCAAUUCGCAAACCUUUCAACCCAAUGCUAGGAGAAACCUUCGAGCUCGUCCGAAGCGAACAAGAAGUUCCUGGAGGAUUCCGUCUCCUCGUUGAGAAAGUCUCGCAUCGUCCCGUUCGCAUGGCAUGUCAAGCCGAUUCCGCUAAAUGGUCAUUUGGCCAAUCACCAGCCCCAACACAAAAGUUUUGGGGUAAAAGUGCAGAACUUAUUACGGAAGGUCGUGCGCGUUUGGUUCUUCGUCUUCCAGAUGGAAUCGAAGAACGUUAUACAUGGAAUGUCGCAACUGCCUUUCUACGUAACGUCGUCAUGGGUGAAAAAUACGUAGAACCAGUGGGAAACAUGACAGUCACGAAUGAAAGUACAGGUGCAAAAGCUUUGGUAGAAUUUAAACAAAAAGGCAUGUUUGGAGGUAGAAGUGAAGAUGUAGGUGUGGAGGCCUAUGAUGGGGAAGGCAAACACACAAACGUCAGUCUCCAAGGAAACUGGACGAGUUCUCUCCGAAUCAACGAAGGAGGACGUCCCGGAGUCGAAAUCUGGAAAGUUGGAAGCUUAGUAGACAAUGCGGCGAAUUGUUACGGGCUCACUACAUUCGCAGCUCAAUUGAAUGAAAUCACGGAAAUUGAAAAGGGAAAGAUGGCACAUACGGAUAGUAGGUUGAGACCGGAUCAGCGGGCUGCGGAAGCGGGAAAGUUGGAUGAGGCCGAGGAUGUUAAGGCGAAGUUGGAGGAGGCGCAGAGGAGAAGGAGGAGGAGUAUGGAGGAACGGGGAGAGGAGUGGAAACCGAGGUGGUUUAUUAGGGUUGAGGGGGGUUUGGAGGAUGAGGGGGAGGGAGAGGAGGUUUGGGCGUUGAGGAAUGGGAAGGAUGGGUAUUGGGAGGAGAGGGAGAGGGUUGCUAGGGGGGAAGAUAGGUAUACCAAAUACCACCCGCAUUGUAUUUCCAUGCAUAAACAAACUCCUUAA